AUGGUUAAUUCUACAAAAACGGCACGUGUUCAAUUUAAUUGGCAAGAUCCAUUUUUAUUGGAACAGCAACUUACUUCUGAAGAACGCAUGAUUCGUGAUGCUGCUUAUGCCUAUUCACAAGACAAACUGAUGCCAAGAGUUUUGGAACAAUUCCGCCAUGAAAAAACAGAUGCUUCUAUUUUUCGUGAAAUGGGUGAGUUAGGUUUGCUGGGACCGACAAUCCCUGAAGAAUACGGUGGUGCAGGUCUAAACUAUGUCAGUUACGGUCUUAUUGCCCGUGAAAUUGAACGCGUAGAUUCGGGUUAUCGUUCAAUGGCAAGUGUACAAAGCUCAUUGGUGAUGGUGCCUAUCAAUGAAUUUGGUUCUGAAGAGCAAAAACAAAAGUACUUACCUAAAUUAGCUACUGGCGAGUUUAUUGGAUGUUUCGGUUUAACAGAACCUGAUCAUGGUUCAGAUCCAGGCAGUAUGAUCACCCGUGCUAAAAAGGUCGAAGGUGGUUAUCGUUUGACUGGUGCAAAAAUGUGGAUUACCAAUAGUCCAAUCGCUGAUGUAUUUGUGGUCUGGGCCAAAGAAGUUUCUGCUGAAGGCAAUAUCGGUGAAAUUCGUGGCUUUAUCCUAGAAAAAGGUUGGGAAGGACUUUCUGCGCCUGCGAUUCAUGGCAAAGUCGGUUUGCGUGCAUCGAUUACCGGUGAAAUUGUGAUGGACAAUGUUUUUGUUCCUGAAGAAAAUGCAUUUCCUGAAAUUCGUGGUUUGCGUGGACCAUUUACUUGUUUAAAUAGUGCACGUUACGGUAUUGCAUGGGGCGCGAUGGGGGCGGCAGAGUUUUGCUGGCACACUGCACACCAAUAUACGAUGGAUCGUAAACAAUUUGGACGCCCAUUGGCUGCGAAUCAAUUGGUGCAAAAGAAACUUGCAGAUAUGCAAACUGAAAUUGCUUUAGGGCUGCAGAUCGCAUUACGUUUUGGUCGUAUGAAAGAUGACGGUAUCGCUUCUGUUGAAGGCACUUCACUGAUUAAACGCAACAAUUGUGGUAAAGCUUUAGAUAUUGCGCGUGUUGCUCGAGACAUGAUGGGUGGCAAUGGUAUCAGUGAUGAAUUCGGUGUCGCUCGCCAUUUGGUCAAUCUGGAAGUGGUCAACACCUAUGAAGGUACCCAUGAUGUACAUGCCUUAAUUCUCGGGCGUGCACAAACUGGCCCAAAUACUUGGAAAUGGGCACUUUUAUUCGCCUAUUUCGCUAUGGUCGUCGAUGGCGUAGAUAUCAUGUUGUUGUCCUAUAGCUUAACCAGUUUAAAGGGUGAGUUUGCAUUAUCUACAUUUCAGGCUGGCGCCUUAGGCAGUGCCUCUCUGGCAGGUAUGGGGAUUGGUGGGAUUCUAGGUGGAUGGGCAUGUGAUAAGUUUGGCCGCGUACGUACCAUUGCCAAUUCUGUAUCGUUUUUCUCAGUUGCAACAUGUUUGUUAGGCUUUACCCAAAGUUUUGAACAAUUUAUGGCAUUACGAUUUAUUGGUGCACUAGGGAUUGGGGCGCUUUAUAUGGCAUGCAAUACCCUUAUGGCUGAAUAUGUUCCUACAACGUAUAGAACUACGGUAUUGGGUACAUUACAAACCGGGCAAACCGUUGGAUAUAUUGUUGCUACAUUAUUAGCUGGUGCGAUUAUUCCUGAUCAUGGUUGGAGAGUCUUGUUUUUUAUCACGGUUAUUCCAGCAUUUAUCAAUAUUUUCUUGCAACGCUUUGUACCUGAACCAAAGUCUUGGCAGCUCAACAAAAUCAAUCAGCUUCAAGGCAAGAAACCAGUUGAAGCCACAGUUCCCGAGAAAGCGAAAAGUGGCAGUAUUUAUAAACAAAUUUUUGCCAACUUUAAGCACCGUAAAAUGUUUUUAUUGUGGAUGACUACAGCCUUCUUCUUACAAUUUGGUUACUACGGAAUCAACAAUUGGAUGCCAAGUUAUCUAGAAACAGAAGUGCAUAUGAACUUUAAAAACAUGACCAGUUAUAUGGUAGGUUCAUAUACAGCGAUGAUUUUAGGCAAGAUCUUAGCGGGAUAUUUGGCAGAUAAAUUUAAUCGUCGUGCAGUAUUUGUGUUCGGUACCAUAGCCAGCGCUGUCUUCUUACCUGUAAUUAUUAUCUUUAAUACACCAGACAAUAUUUUGUACUUAUUGAUCACUUUUGGUUUCUUAUAUGGCAUCCCUUAUGGUGUAAAUGCGACCUAUAUGGCGGAAUCAUUUUCUACCGAUGUCCGAGGUACAGCAAUUGGUGGUGCAUAUAACAUUGGGCGAGUAGGCGCUGCAAUUGCCCCAGCAACCAUUGGUUUCCUUGCUUCGGGAGGUACAUUUAUGACGGCAUUUAUCGUGAUGGGCGCAGCUUAUUUUGUUGCAGGAGUAUUACCUGGCUUAUUUAUCAAAGAUCGUCAAUAUGAUCCCCAACAACAAUAG